GGCAGGGCGCGCCUGAUCGGCCCCAGCGCGGGCGGAGGAGUGUGUGGGGGGGGUACCCGGGCUCAGACCUAGACCCAGACCUGGACAGGGACGGCCGCACCCCGCGCCCGCGGCUCCGCCCGGAACCUUCACUCCAGGGAUUGCGGCGCCUGAAAAGCGCAGCUGCAAAAGACGGGUCUUUCCCCACGAAAAUGAAACCGAAGCCGGUCCUGGUCACAUGACAGCAGGCGAGAUAUAUAAGGGGCCGCCUCAGACUCCUGCUCUUGCUUCCAGACCUGCAGCUGGGCAGACGCGGCCUCCAGCAGCCCCCGCCGGAGGCAUGGAGUGUCCUUCGUGCCAGCAUGUCUGCAAAGAGGAAGCCCCCAAGUUCUGCAGCCAGUGCGGACACAGACUGCCUCCUCCUGUGGCCCCCGUGGCAGAUCCCGGGCGCAGUGAUGCUGCAGCGGCCCCGGAGGGCGGCUUGGAGUGUGGGGAGAAGGCGAAGGAGGAAGGGAGCCCUUGCCUGACCCCAGGCUCAGGUGAUUGUCCAGAAAGCCCAGACGAGCCCUGUUCCGAAGCCCCUUGGACUGUCCAGCAGAGCAAAAAGAAGAAAAGGAAGAAUGCUCAGAAGACUUCCGCUUCUGCGGGGCUUGAGUCCUUGCCCCUGUCUCCUUCCAGCCCCCAGAGUCUGAACUUGCCUUCAAACCCUGGGUCCCAGGAUGCAGCCCGGCCCCAAGGCCAAACUCGGCAGGGUAGUCAGACCGGCGAGACUGGCAAGACGCCGCUGGAGGGUGACAGCCCCUCUGCACACGCCCACGGGGAGGUUGGUGACAGCCCCCCGCAGGGUCAGGCUGCGGCAGGACCAGGAGCAGCCACGGGAGGCUCAGCUCAGGGCAGCCCGUCACCCCAGGGCCAAUCAGAAGGGAAGGAUCAGCACCCCAGCCUCCCUGUGGGGGGAUCCCAGGAGGGGGCCAGCCCUACCGCCACCGCUUGUGAAGGCCGCCCUGGGGCUCAAGAUGCUGCCCCCGGGCUCCUGCUGUCUGAGUCAGAAGCCUGCAGCUCUGAGUCCGGGACAGAGCAGCAGACCUCCAGCCAGCAGGCGAGGGACCCAGCCUCUGGGGCAAGUGAUGCUACGGCUGAGCCAGCUGAUCCGGUUGAAGGAGACAGGAAGGAAGUGAAAGACAAGGCUCCAAAGACGAAACAGCCACCAGCAACCACGCCUGCUUCAAAAAGAGAAUGCCAGGAGGCCGAGACCAAGGACGAGGCGGCCGUUGCUGGGGAGAACGCUGCUGAGAAGGAGCGCGGGCAGGGGGGAGGCCCGAAGGAGCCAGAAGGGAACAGCAGAGGCUGUGCCGCGGCUGCGAAGAGCGAGAAGGAGCAGAGCCACCAGAGCGCCAUCCCGCAGGAAGUCACGGCCAGCCCGCUGAGCCCCGGAGAAGGCGUCACGGUGUACUUCCACGCCAUCCUCUCCAAACACUUUGAUUUCAACCCCGACCGCCAUACGUUGUUUGUCCGCGGGGGAGGGGAGCUUGGGCAGCCGCAAUGGAGCAGGCGCGUCUGCGAGCUGCACUGCACCAGGCACCUGCCCGAGGAGGGCUGGCUGGUCGAGGGCAGCGCCGUCAUUUCCAGGCGGCACCUGGACACACCCAUCCCUUACAAGUACGUCGUUGGGCACGACAAGGGCUCUGGGGAGUACGAGUUCAUCUACAAGAUCCCGCAGAAGAAGGGCGAGCACGUCAACCGCUGCCUGUGCAUAAAAUCUUCACUCCUGGGCGCAGGAGAGUGGCAUCAGUACGAUGACAUAAUUUGUAUGAGGCCUCCUGGGACGUUCCAGAGAGUCCUGAACCACAUAACAGAUAUGACGAGGAGGUCGCUGGUGAAAGGGAAGCAGCGGGCCGCCACCGUGAUGCUGGACAGCAUCUUCAGCGUCCUCCAGACCUGGGAUGCCAUCAACUUAAACAGCUUCUUCACCCAGUUCCAGCAGUUUUACUCUGUCGUCCGAGCGCCUAUGAUCUACGAAGGACGGGCACAGCCAUGGAGCGAUUUGCACUAUGGAGAGAAAGAGGUGAAGAAGGACUUGUGGGAGUAUUUGAAAAAGCAAAUGGACCCAUUUCUGGACGGGUCGGGGGACUCUCUGCCUGACGGCCGCCCGGUGAGGAGCAGACUGAGAAUGGGCCUGGUCGUGCUUUUCUCGGUGGAAAAGUUCGGCUUGCCCAUGUCAGAAGAUGACCUGGACUUGCUGUGUCGCAUGCUUGUCCCGGACGCCAGCUCACUGCACGAUCUUCACGACGACCUCAGCCACAUCCUCAGGACAGCUCAGAGCUGGCGCCAGUACCUGGUGGCCCUGUGCCACUCGUGCGUCGACAAGCGGCUGUUCCGCUGGCUGGGCACGCUGCCCGUGCUGCACCACUGUGCGAAGCCGUCCCCUGGAGGGAAGGACACCGGGAGUCGGCCUGAGGACACCUGGGCAGCCCUCGAGGGACUCUCCUUCUCGCAGUUCCGGGAGAAAAUGGCGUUCCGGAGCGAACCACUUAAGUAUGUGGUAGGGAAGAGGCAUUUGCUGAAGGUAGACGAAUAUCUCUUCCGAUCCUGGUUUAGCCUGCUGCCUCUGAGUGACUUGGCUCAGUAUAUGGAGAACUUCGUUGAAUACCUGGGCCAUUUUCCUGCUGGUGUCCUGGACUGUCUUCUGGGGACUUACUACCGGCUGGGAGGACUUUCGAAAAUCUCUUACCAAAAUCUGGAGGAUGUUGAUAGCAUUUUAAAGAUGCUGUUGCACCUCUUGGGCGCUUACCACCACAACAUUCCCGAGGAGACCUUGUCACAGUCCUACCCGGCCGUGUGCCUGAAGCUGCACGAGGCCGUCUGCGGCGUCACCAAUACCGUGGACUUUUAUGAGAUUCCCGCCUUGUCGGCCGAGAUCGUCCGCACUGUUGUCGCUCUUCAGCCCGCCGUGGACUCAGGAGGAUGUGGGAAGGAAGCCGGGAAGAGUUCGGUUCCGACACUCUCCCAGGGGACUCUGGCUACUACUAGAGCUUGGCUCCACAGAAUUCUUAAGAAGAACAUGUUCCAGGAGACACAUUCAUCUGUCUCACUCACUUAUUCCAAGGAAAUCCAGGUCUGGCGGCGGCUGGUGGAAAUAGACUUCCCCGCGGAGCACGGUUGGAAGGAGUCAUUGCUGGGAGACUUGGAAGGGCGGCUCAAACAGGAGAGGCCCCUCUUGCAGAUCCGGGCCUACUGCAGCUCCCGCUGGGACUCCGCGGGCUCCGAGGACGCUGUGGCCAAGACCUUUGAGAAGUGUGUCAUUGAAGCCGUGAGCUCAGCCUGCCAGUCACAGACGAGUAUCCUUGAGGGAGUCUCUUACCACGAUUUGCAGAAAUUCGGCACCCUUGUGUCGGCCGUGAUCACCAAGUCCUGGCCUAGAGACAGAGGGGAGGCCGUGGAUGACCUGGAUGAAAUUUUUAAGCACCUGCUCACGUGGCCGGAUGUGAAGCAUCUUUUCAGACUGUGUGGAACUGAUGAGAAAAUAUUAGCAAAUAUCACAGACGAAGGCAAGAAGCUGAUGGCCACUGCUGACUCUGUGUUGACAAAAGUUGCUGGUGACCUGCUAAACAGGACGGUCCUUGUCGGGCAGCUGGAGCUGAUAAUGAAGCACAAGAAUCAGUUUCUUGACAUCUGGCAACUAAAGGAAAAAUGUCUUUCAUCCCAGGAGAAAUUAGCUGAUAUGAAGAAAGUGCUGGAUUGGAGAAAGGAAGAACUAGAUUUUCUAAAGAAGGAGGAAAGUUACGUUGACGGCCUGCUGAACCUGUGCGAGAGUGUGAAGCACCUGGUGCCAGGUGGAGUCUUAAGAAUCCAAGUAAACGAAAGCGGGUGGUCUCUAAGGGCACAGGGUUAGAGGAGAAUACCAUGGAAUCACCAUAGCGCACCUUUAUUUUGGGGUGAAGGCUUCGUACAAAAAUUUUUAACAAAGUUGCAUGUGCAUUUGCCAGAGGUAUCAGUUUCACCUAUUCUGGUACUUACCUGCACGUCUCUCAAUAACAUGCAUGAUUCUCUGGAUUCUUCAGUGUCAGCAUCUUAUCAACGUCCCAGUGUGGACGAUGAGGGCUUAGAUCUCUGCGUGUCCCGUCUUUGCCCUGCACACGUAGCCUUUGCCUCUCCCCUUACUCCCUGCUAUGUUGUGAUUUAAGCUGGAUCAAGAUUUAGGGUUUAAGUCAUCCUCACUGUCUAAACAUGCUGUUCACAAGUGAGCCAUGAAAUAGAUGGAAAUGAUCCUUUUAUUAAUGCAUUUCUUGCACAAACUGUUGUCCAUACAAUUAUAUUUCUUGUCAUUUGCUUUGUGUUCAUUGUAUUUAUUUCUAAUUCAAUCGCAAACUCCACCAACUGUC